AUGGUCCUCCUCUCAUCUAAAACCAUUAUCCAGGCACACGCCGUGCUCCUAAUCGUCAUUGCGGGAUACCUAAUCAAGAAUCCAGCCUUGAUCACGAACUGCGAUCUCGUAUUUAUGAUGGGCGAGGCAUUGAACAUUGACUUCCCAACAACAACCCCAGCCCUCGAAAACCCCUUUGUCUUCUGCUCAGUCCCACUAGCCGCAAUCGCAAUCUUCGACCUAAUCCUCCUCUCAACCCUCCCCUACAAAAACGCCCUAGACGAAGCCCUCCGCUACGUCCGCCCCCUCCGUAAUGGAAACCUCCCCGCUGAAGAUCUCCAAGUACUCGCCAGUUUGCCGGAAUAUAUCACCAAGUCCCUGACAAUGUACUGGAAUGUGUGGGUCAGUGUUGCGGCGAGUCGGUUCAGUCUUUAUGGGGGUAUUUCGUUCUUUAUUUAUCAGGGCAGGGAUUCUAUGGUUGCUUCGGUUUAUGGGGGGAUCUUCGCUACUCUCCGCCAGGAACGACAGGAGAAGUUGACCAAGCUACUUGAAGAUGCUCGUGAGGAGGCUUCCGAUUAA